CAGUUUCUGAGAUAAGUUUCCAGUGUAGAAAUAUGGAAGAAAAUUGAUGUAAAGACUGAUUGCUUUCUCAGUUGUGCUUUGAAGAUUUUUUCUUUUUUAAGAGAACUUUUACUUGAAUGAUUUGGUAAAAUCUUGUAGAGACUUUAAAAGCUAUGUUAAGAAGUGUUGGUUUUAGUACACUCAGUUUGUGAUGAAAGGCAGUUUGUAAUGUUGAAUAAGCAAGGUGUUGGAUGCUGGUGGGUGUAGGUACUUGAUAGUUUCUGAAGACAUUGUCUUCUUUUUUAAAAGAUGUGACUGGUAGAGCUUAGAGCCCUGCUGUGCUUAAGAAGACAAUUUCUUAUAAAAUAUUCCACAGAAACACUGACAUUAGCUGAGUUUAAGACUCUAAGCACUUGUUUAUGUAUGCAAAACAAAUGUCUGUAGCUGACUUUGAUUAUUAAUACUUUUUUCGUUUGAGUCUUAUAUACCAUCUUAUUUUGAGUUUAUUGCUAGCUAUAUAUUUAUGUAGGUUAUCCCCUUAGCUAUAUGACUUAGCUGUGUCCUUUCCUCUUGUAGUGUCAUAAUGUGUUGUCAUUGGCACAUGGUGUGUGUUUUUUUAAAGCAUAAUUAGUUUAGACAGGUUUUUAGGUAGACAUUCUAUUUUAUUAUACAAAUGAAGAUAGAUGUAGAACUUAUUUUGGCAAAAUGUGUGUGUGACUUUUGUUCUCAGUGUUUUGGGUUUUUUUUGUUUAAAACUAAGGACAGUGGCCUUCUUGUUGAUACUGAUAAUUUGUUUGCUGCUGUUUCUCAUACAAUACUGAGCAUAUUUCUCAUAUAGUAUUCUUGCUUGGUUUGUGAGCUUUGCCGUAAUGCAGCUUGAUAUCAAGCGAGUUGAAGAUAUUUGUCUGCAUUUGUGUUCUGUAGGCUAAAGUAAUGCACUCCCUAUCCUGGAGGAAGGUGAUAGAGGGGGAGCAUUAAAUGAUCAAUCUGGAAAAUGUGAUUUCACAUAAGCAUCUUAUUAGAAUAAUUAAAAGGCUUUUUGUGAUCAGCUAGGGCUUGUGAAUAUCAAAUUUCUAGCACUGAAUUCUUUUGUCAGCUGGAGGAAGAAGAGUCUCUAAUGGGAGAGUUUUUUUGGACGUAUGUCAGUUGCUGUUCUGGCAACUGCAUGAUGUUUUCAUUUAGACUGUUCUCAUGCUCUUAUUGGCAGUAGGCUAUAGCAGCUGGGAUGGCAGCAUGUUUGCUUUCUUGUGACAUGGUUUAGGCUUCUUUUUCUGGCUUAUCAGUUUAAGACAAUAAUUGUGUAGUAAUUUUUUUCCUCCUGUAUUUGAAUGGCUUUUUGCCAUUAUACAAACAGUGAAGAAAAUGGCAGUGCAAUGAUAGGAAGUGCUCAUGCUGGCUUUCCUUCUGGUUUUGGAAGUCAGAGUUGUUGCUGCAUGCCUGAAUGCUGUUAUUUGCCCCAGUACAAUGAUCAAGCACUUGAUUCUUUUCUUCCACAGACUAUCCUGUGUUGGAAGGGAGAAAACAAAGCUUUCCCAGGUCUGCCAGUGAACAGCAGUGCUUUCCAGUUACUGCAAUGAUACUAGAAUGGAUAGAGCUACUGGAGGACCCAAAUGAUAUUGACCCCAAAAGGAAAGAAGUGCAUGGCAAUGAUGUGGAGGACAAGGCACAAAGUGUGGAGACACUACCUCCAGGAAAAGUUCGGUGGCAAGACUUUGAUCAGGACGCCUAUGUUGGUGCUACCGUGGUGCGAUCGGGCCAGGAUCCGUACGCACGGAAUAAAUUCAAUCAGGUGGAGAGUGACAAACUGCGAAUGGACCGCAGCAUUCCUGACACCAGGCAUGAUCAGUGCCAGCGGAAACAGUGGCGGAUAGACUUGCCAGCCACCAGUGUGGUGAUCACCUUUCAUAAUGAGGCAAGAUCUGCUUUGCUUCGAACUGUUGUCAGUGUCCUUAAAAAAAGUCCAUCACAUCUUAUUAAGGAAAUCAUACUAGUGGAUGACUACAGUAAUGAUCCUGAUGAUGGGGCUCUCUUGGGAAAAAUUGAAAAAGUACGAGUUCUUCGGAAUGAUCGGCGAGAAGGCCUGAUGCGCUCCCGUGUCAGAGGGGCAGAUGCAGCACAAGCCAAAGUGUUGACCUUCCUGGAUAGUCACUGUGAGUGCAAUGAACAUUGGCUGGAACCGCUUUUGGAAAGAGUAGCUGAGGACAAGACCAGAGUUGUGUCUCCUAUUAUUGAUGUAAUUAAUAUGGACAACUUCCAGUACGUGGGGGCGUCAGCUGAUUUAAAAGGCGGCUUUGACUGGAAUCUUGUAUUCAAGUGGGAUUACAUGACCCCAGAGCAAAGAAGAGCACGACAAGGAAAUCCAGUUGCUCCCAUAAAGACACCCAUGAUAGCUGGUGGAUUAUUUGUGAUGGACAAAUCCUAUUUUGAAGAACUAGGGAAGUAUGACAUGAUGAUGGAUGUUUGGGGUGGAGAAAACCUAGAGAUCUCAUUCAGAGUUUGGCAAUGUGGUGGGAGCCUAGAGAUCAUCCCUUGCAGCAGAGUGGGUCACGUGUUCCGCAAACAGCAUCCCUACACGUUUCCCGGCGGGAGCGGUACUGUGUUUGCAAGAAAUACACGCAGAGCAGCAGAAGUCUGGAUGGAUGAGUAUAAAAACUUCUAUUAUGCAGCAGUGCCUUCAGCCAGGAAUGUACCUUAUGGCAAUAUUCAAAGCCGAAUGGAGCUCAGAAAGAGACUUAGCUGCAAACCCUUUAAGUGGUAUCUUGAAAAUGUUUAUCCUGAGUUACGGGUACCUGAUCAUCAAGAUAUAGCCUUUGGGGCUUUGCAGCAGGGUACCAAUUGCCUUGACACUUUGGGCCAUUUUGCAGAUGGAGUGGUUGGAGUUUAUGAAUGUCAUAAUGCCGGGGGAAACCAGGAAUGGGCCUUAACAAAGGACAAGUCAGUGAAACACAUGGAUUUGUGCCUUACUGUUGUGGACAGAGCUCCUGGUUCACUAAUAAAACUUCAGGGCUGUAGGGAAAACGACAGCAGACAGAAAUGGGAACAAAUUGAAAGCAAUUCUAAACUGAGGCACGUUGGCAGCAACCUCUGUCUAGACAGCCGAAAUGCCAAAAAUGGUGGUCUCACCGUUGAGAUCUGCAAUCCUUCUUUGUCACAGCAGUGGAAAUUCACACUUAAUCUGCAGCAGUAGAAGGACUUACAAGCAAAGUGCUGUUUCAACUGCAAAACAUUGGGCAAAGUUUUGAUUGAAUUACUGAUGUAUUUCUUAAAACUUUCCACGGAACUUAUAUACCUCAGUAUUCCACCUUUAUCUGAAAGUAGAGUGCUGAAGCAGACACCAGGGAUCCAGGGGACUCGGAGCACUGCAAAGAUGUCACUGAGCAUUACUUCACAGGAAGAAGGAAUUGUGCUGCAGACUUCAACUGUUCCUUUCUGUCUUCAGCUACUACUUGCACAGCAGAUAAUUAACUCUAGGAACAACUGACGUAUUGUAAACAAAAGGAUCUGAAGAAACAUCUGUGGGGAA